AUGGAACCACGUCUGUGUUUAACACAGGAUGAAGAUGGAGUGCCGGUUAAUGCUAUUGAGUACCAGCGACUUAUUGGCAGCCUUCGUUGCCUCAUUCACUCGAGACUAGAUCUUAGCUACUUAGUUGGAGUAGUAAGCAGGUACAUGGAAUCUCCAAAUGAAAGUCAUCUAAAGGCAGUCAAACAUAUCUUAAGGUACAUAAAGGGAACAACCAACUUUGGUUUAGUGUACAAGAAAGGUGGAGAUAGAAAGCUUAUUGGAUUCAGUGAUAGCUGCUAUGGAAUGGAUAUUGAUGGUAGAAAGGGUACAACAGGAAUGAUUUUCUACUUAUCAGGUGAUGGAACAUGUACCUCCGGCGGCGCUUCUGGAAAUCCAAUUACUUGGUCAUCUCAGAAGCAAUAUACGGUGGCUCUAUCUUCUUGUGAGGCGGAAUUUAUGGCAGCAACAGCCACAACAUGUCAAGCUUUAUGGCUAAGGAGUUUACUAAAAGAGUUGAUCGGCUGA